CAACUACCAACAAGACAUGUCUCUUCGGGAUACGAAUGGUCAACAGAUCCUGACCUCUAACCAUGGACGAUAUGUGCUUUUAAUAGAGGGUUGAUGUGUGUGUGUGUGUGUGUGUGUGUGUGUGUGUGUGUGUGUGUGUGUGUGUGUGUGUGUGUGUGUGUGUGUGUGUGUGUGUGUGUAUGAGAGAGAGACACGGGUCCAAAAGAUGAUUAAUUAUUACAAAAUGUUGCACACAAGCCAAUCAAUAUGCAAAAAAAAAAAAAAAAACACACGUUUUCUGCACGCGUGGCAGCCACUGUGAAUCACUAUAUAAUCAGGGCUGCGCCACCACAAGUUGAUUGUUUUAGCUCUAAUGGUGGUGGCCGCUGCAGCCGAGCACCAAUAUGCUCGUGAAGCUGGUGCUGGUAACUUGUCUUGGCGUUGCAACUGUCCGACCCAAAAUGCGAGAUGGCCAGGAGCUGGUCCUGCAUACUGGUGGUGCAGCAGAAUUAAUGCGGAGUCCACUAAACGCUUCGUGUACCACAAUCGCCAUAACGGACAGUACUACCACUCCUCCAGACGUCGUGAAGGAUCUGCUCGAAAAAUCAGCGUUGGACCAGUGGCAAGUGAUGGCAACAUUUGAGGUGACUUUAGAGAAGAGAAACACCACCAUUACUGAUCGCCUGUCGAAGUUGAUCCCCUUAGCACGUCAAGCGCGUCAGCUGUCGUGGUGCUCGAUGGUGGUGGUGGUGAGUCUCAAUCCUGACUUUCUCAUCGCAUUCGCGGAGUGGUCUCUGAAGGGAAGGCUGCUGGUGUGGACCACCAAGCUGCUGGUGGUGAGCCGCCUGACAACUACGCAGCUCCAGGACCUUCUGCCCGCCCACUGGACUUUCUCCAUGAUGAACACAGUGUUUCUCAACAUGGAGGGCGACGCUGAGCAGCCCCGGUAGUGAUGUAUUGUCAUUUGUAUUGAUAUAUGUAUGUACAGGAAAGCCUCCAUCUCGUAUAUUCAUUGUUCAUCACUGCCACAACAC